AUGGCUACCAUUGAGCGACUGCAGCUAGCAAUGGCCCUGCUGGCCCUUCUCCUUGCGCAGCUGGCCAUCGCCGGCGAGCUCAUCGCCCGCCACAUGCAGAUGCAACAGCCGCAGCCAUUUGCCUUCAACGAGUUCGGCCCCACCAACCCCCUCAACCCAGAUGGCUCCGACUACCCCUGCAAGGUGCCCCAGGGCGAGAGCUACCAGAUGACCGGCACCCCGACCGAGAUGGCCAUCGGCGAGGACCAGACUGUCUCCUUCAGCGGAACGGCGGUUCAUGGCGGAGGCAGCUGUCAGUUUGCCCUGGCUGAGGGGCUGGAGCCCACAAAGGACACUCCCUGGAAAGUGAUUCAGUCCAUUGAGGGUGGGUGCCCGAAAGCGAACAUCGAAGGGAACCUGGAAGGUGGAGAGAAGCCUGACGAGUAUACGUUCAAAAUCCCUGAUGAUUUCACCCCAGGGGAUUACACUUUCGCUUGGACUUGGGUGAACCGAAUCGGAGGACAGCCGGAGUUCUUGAAAGCAUCAGGCGGCUCGCGUCGGGUAGUCAAGGACCGCCGCGUGGCACACAACCAAAGGCAAUCAACCUACCCAGACCUAUUCCUCGCCAACAUCGGCGAGGCCAGCAACGGCUGCGACACGUCCGAGGCCCUGACCCAGCAGGUGGCGAUCCAGUACCCCAACCCGGGCGGCGUGGUAGUUAACCCCGAAGGCACGGAUAAGCUUUUCAAGCAGUCCUGCGACGGGAACUCUCGCAACAGCGGUGGCAGCAGCGGUGGCUCUGCGGCUACUGCUACUGGGGCCUCGGCCUCUGCGACCGGCUCAGCUUCAAGCCCGUCAGGAAAUGCCUCUUAG